AUGGUGAACUGGAUUGCAAAUACCUACACUGUUGAAUCCUCUGAAUCUGAAGAAGAGGAUGAUGAGGAUGACGAUAAAGAUAAUGAGAAAGGAGAUGUUGAUGAAGAAGAAAAGGAUGUAGUUGAUAUGAAACGUUUUAUGACCUUGGGUGAUGAUGAUGAUGAUGUGGUUAGUGAAGAUACUCCUCUAAAUUCUGUAGGUGAUAAGCCUCCACCUCCACCUCCACCUUCAUCAUCAAAUUCACCUCCACCAUCUCAUCCCCCUCCUCACACUCCUUCACUACCUCCUGGCUCCCCUCCCCGAACCGAUGAUGCCAAAAAGGGGGAGAAUAGUCAAGGGAGCAAUGAUCAGCAAAUGGGGGGGAUUCCUCAAGGAACCCAAAUCGACAUAGAUUCUGAUGAUGAACAACUCAAUACUAGAAAGAGGAAGGCUUUCUUCUUAGGGGGAGCUAAUGAUGCUAAAGCUGAAGGUUCUUUCGCUACUGGUGAUUCUUCAGCCCUUCCUCUUUGCAAGAAAAGCAAGCUCACUGGUGAUCUAAAUGAUUUAAAUAAAGAAUGGUGUAAGAUCCCAGUAAUGAGGUAUUUCCAAAUUUAA